AUGAACGAAUAUCUUGAUUCUGCGGACAUCUUGACCAUGGCUCGGACAUGCAAAUCCCUUCGGCUUAGAUGCUAUGAUAUAUAUCUGCAUCGCCACAAGGUCAUAUCAUUCUCCCAGUCAUUUCGCAAGCUUAGGCUUCGAAUCCAAAUUCUUGAUAACGUACCCCAGUUGGCCAUCUAUAUUCUCUUAUCCGCACUUCCUCCCUCCCAUUUCGCACUGGAAAAUCUCACCGUCAGUGUCGACAUAGAUACAUUGUCGCUUCUUGAUUUUUCGGACCUCAUACGCCCAUUCUUCGAAACACGGAUCAAGGUGUCCAGCGUUUUCCUCUAUUUCAAUCAUUCCGACCUUCCUAUCUAUAACACAUAUAGCCAACUACCCUUGGCCAUCAUUACCCUUCUUUCAUCGCUAGGAACAGACUGUCUCUCGCUCAACAUAGAAGGAAAGGAGAGCAGUGGUCGACCCAAGGUCAAGAGAACCCAGGCCAGGAUGAAAAGAAGAAGUCCGCUGGCUGUUCAGGCUUCAUCCAUGGGGAUUUACACUUUGGAUUCUGCAGCGCGUCGCUCAAUGUAUAACAUUUUAAUGGUUGACUUGGAUCUCGCCAUAUUCGAACCCUCCAGAAUGCGGAAACUUCUUCCACUGCUACUCAGUGGAUCGUCUGUCGUAGAUCUGACGUUAAGCUCUCCGAACAGUGCCAUAAUUCAAGGGGUUCUUCAAGACCUUCAGCUCCCUUCCAUGGAAACAUUGAAGGUCACUGUCCAUGAUAUUCUCCCCAUUACUCUUCCACCCUAUUUCUCUUCCCAAAACCCAAAAAUACAGCGGAUGUCGCUCUUGAACGUGGGACAUGAAACAAAUACCAUUCCUUAUCAUAAGCGACCCAUCCUCAGGCUUCCACCUCUCACCAAAGCCACCUUUUCGGCGAACUACUCGGGCUGGUUAAUGGCCAACAAUUCUUCACUAGCUUCUGUCGAAGUACACCCACCGACCACUUCUAAUGAUAUGAUUUGCGACUCUAUUAGGUCAAUGAUCAAGGUAAUAAACUGCUAUAACCACACCCCUGCUUCAGCUUUCUCGCACGGACUUACCCUUCCCGUACAUCUCUCAAGUCAUACAACAUCGACGUCACAGCUUACAUGCACUUGUUUUGAUGGCGCUGAGGACGAAGUUGCAUCCAACAUCCGUGUUUUGCACCUAUGUGUUUACACCCUAAACGCCGACGUUCUUGUGCGCACUUCGCUUUUCGGUCUUUGA